AAAAUGUAUUCUUCUCGUCUUCCUCAGUUUAAGACAUUGAGGGAGAAUGAAUGAAAGUACAGAUUGGUAUCUCAUUUCUGCAAAUUCACAUUUGAACUUCGUUCUUACUCACCUCUAUUCCCUUGUUUCUUACAUUAAUAUCAAGCUAUCAAGCAUUUUCUAUUGUGGCCUAAAGCUAACUUAAAGCCUUGAUCUGAUAUUACAUGGUAUAAGUCUCUGUCUCUGAGCCUUCUUUCACAUAUACAUGGAUGUAUAUGAACACAAAUGUCUAAAAUACCUAGAAUAUGAAAUAUAUCUAACUGUUAUCUGUCUAUUUCAGAAGUGAUAAUCCAUUUAAUUAACUUGUGUUUGGAUGGGAGGCUGAUAAAAGUGGCAUCUACAGAUUUGGUCCCUUGACCAAUUAGACAGGAAUAAGUAAGAUGUAGUAUUCUCGACAAAUUUAUGUUAUGUAGUAUUCUGAACAUUUAUGUAGUCUAUAAAGAUCUGAUGUAAAAUUUCUUAUAACUUUUGUUGUGGAAAACCUCAUAAUCUAUUUGAUUAACAAGAAAUCUAGAUUUUUGUCCAGGAAAACAACCAUAUGAUCUCCUUUAAACUUGCUUUCAAAGUUAUCUGUUUCUUUUGCAUGGAACAGAAACUUUAAUAGCCCAUUAUUUGCUGUCUAGAAUUCCUGUUAAUUCAUUACCGUAGAGGAUGUGGAUUCCACCUGAUGGCCUACAGUUGUUGGAAGCCCUCUCUCGUAAUUGUUUGUACUUGAGAGAGAUCCUUGUUCCUAAUAUUACAGAAACAAGAUGAUGUCAAAUCUUUCGGAAAUAGAUUUUAUUGUUAGCUGCACUCAGGCUGGUGAAGUGGGAGCAAGGAAUUAAUUGCUAGAAGUGAACUUUUAGGUUGUGGUACUAUCACCCUAAUGAGUCAGGUUUCCAAUUGAGUUGUGGAUUGUCAUGUGUUUAAAUGUUUUUAAAUGUUUUCAUUUCUUGUUUUGUUAAAUAAACUUCUUAUAUUGAAAAGUUCGGAGGCAGAACCAAAAGACAUCACAUGGCGACUUCUUAGUUCAUAUUAGAAAAAGUGUUUCUUUAUUUUAUUUUAUUUUCUUCUUUUCCUUUUAUUACAAUGUUAUAUGUUCAAAGAUGCUUGUCUAAUAAGAUCUUUGAAGUUUU